AUGGCAGCUUAUGGAGCGUUGAUUUCUCUUACAAACACCAUAGACCAAAUCCAGAAUCAUCCUCGCCCACCCAUCUUCCUCGACCAACUAAAAAUUGAACCACUUAACAGAAUGGUUGCUUUCUUGAUGCAGUUUCUUGAAAACUAUAUAAUUGAUGAUGAUGCAGAUGGGUUGGAGGGGCGUAUGAUUGAUGCGGCUCACGAGGCAGAGGAUAUCAUUGAGUCCUAUAUUGCCGAUCGUAUUGAGGCUCGUGGGGAAGCUAACAUCAGUUCAAACGAUGACGAGUCUUUGUAUGGAGAGCUCGAGAAAGUGAUGCACGACUUGAAUUCCAUCACAGAAGACGUGGCUGCUGUUAAAGACAAGGCGGGAAAAAAAAUUGCUCCUUCUUGCACAGAGGAUGACGCCAUGAUGGGUUCUGAUGAUGUCAUGAACAACAUCAUGGCUAAGCAGAACAACAGCCCUUAUUCAGUGGGGGACGACACGAUGAUGGGUUCCGAUGAUGUCAUGAACGACAUCAUGGAUAAGCUGACCAAUCAACAAUCCAACCGUUGGAUCAUCGCGAUUGUAGGCAUGGGGGGUAUUGGUAAGACAACUCUUGCAAAAAGAAUUUAUGAACAUCCACUUAUUGUGGAAAAGUUUGAUAUUCGCGGCUGGGCUACAGUUUCUCAAGAAUUUGAUUCGAAAAGGAUUUUGUUACAAGUCCUUGACUGUUUGAAAAAAACCAUGGGGAGUGAGGACAGCGAAUAUGAAGAAUUAGGACAAAAACUGUAUCAAAGCUUAUACGGCCGACGGUAUCUGAUUGUUAUGGAUGACAUUUGGAGUAUGGACGCGUGGGACGGGGUGAAGCGCUUCUUUCCCAAUAACAACGACGGGAGCAAAGUGUUGAUAACCACUAGGCUAUCGAACGUGGCUUUGCAGCUGGAUGGCCCAGAUUACAUUCAGAUGAGGUUUCUGAAUCAAGACGAAAGCUGGAAAUUGCUGCGUAGGUGUGUGUUUCAAGAACAAGAGUGCCCGCCAGAAUUUGAAGAGAUUGGGAAGGAGAUUGCCAGGAACUGUAGAGGCCUUCCAUUGUCAAUUGUCGUGAUCGGAGGACUCCUAGCAAAGUCUGAACAGAAACGUGAAAACUGGAAACACAUUUUAGAAAAUUUAAGCUGGAUCGUGAAUUUAGAGAAGGACGAGCAUUGCUUUAGAAUACUAAAGUUGAGCUACAAUCAACUGCCGGUCCACCUGAAGCCGUGUUUUCUUUACAUGGGCAUGUUCCCAGAGGACGACUGGAUUCACAUCCCCACACUCCUCAAGCUAUGGGUUGCUGAAGGAUUUGUGAAACAAGUGGGCGGUAAAAGCUUGGGAACAAUUGCGAGAGAAGUGUACCUACAUGGUCUCGUCAUCAGAAAUCUAAUCAUGGUUCGUGGGUGCGGCCCUACUCGAAGAAGAAUAAAACGGUGCGGCAUCCAUGAUAUCCUGAGAGACCUAUGCAUAAAAGAAGCUGAGAAAUACAAUUUCUUUCACACAAUCAAAACAACGCACAACCCUGACCACCACCAAAGCUGGGUCACCCAACAUCGUAUCGGCAUUCACCAAGCUGGGAAAUACAUUCCCCGUCCACUCCCUGAAGCUGUGCAAUCCGCAUCACGAGCUCGAUCUCUGAUAUGGAAAGUUGAUGGAAAGUUACCAUCUCUAGUUCCAUUUAGAUUGCUUAAGGUUCUGAAUGGAUACGAUAGAUUUGAUUUUUACGACCAUAAAGAAGAUUGUUUUCUACCCGUCAACUUGCGCCACCUGGUCGCCAAAUUUAAUUCUUUUCCUGUGGAAAUUUUGUACCGACUCUGGAAUUUACAGACGUUAACAGUUACUUUGAACUCAACGCAAUAUAAGUUGCCGCCGGUGCUGGACAUCUGGCGGAUGCCCCAACUCAGGCACGUCAAUGUAUGGAAAAUCCGGCUCAAGGAUCCUACUGAAGAAAAUGAUGGGGUGUUGGAGAAGCUAGAGACGCUCAAGAGAGUACUUAACUUCACGUUCAGUGAGGAAGUGGUUGAGAGAAUCCCCAAUAUCAAGAAUUUGGAAAUACAUUACAGCGGCAACUACAACGGCAAGGACAAUAUCGACAAUCUGUGUCGGCUACGCAAGCUGGAGACCCUUUCAUGCGUUUCGUAUGACGGUCGAAUAAUUGAGGUGACGUUGUUCCCAGUUUCACUCAGGAAGCUGCAUCUGUACGGCACGGAACUCGGGUGGGAGGAGAUUGGAGAAAAGAUAGGCUCGUUGCCAUAUCUCGAGGCCCUUUAUUUGAAUACUAAUGCGUGCGAGGGGCCCGAGUGGGAUUUGAAUUUGAAUGCGCCUGAGUGGGAAACAGCAGAUGGCAUAUUCCAGAGCCUCAGAUAUUUGAGACUCGACGGAGCAAGCUGCCAUCUGAAACAGUGGAGGGCGGAGGCCGAGCACUUCCCGCGCCUCCAGCGGCUCGAACUAGAAAGGUUAUCUCUAAAGGAGAUCCCAUUUGGAUUUUGCGAAAUACCCACGCUUAAGGAGAUCUUUGUCGCGACUUGUCCGGACUCUGCCGUGCUUUCUGCAAAGAAGAUAUUAGAGGAACAAGAGGAGUGUUAUGGGAAAGUCGAGCUUCAGAUUACAGUUUGGAUAAAUACCGAAGAUACCCAGCUACGAGGUGAGAGCUUGAGGAGUCAGAACUUCACAGUUUCUUUUUAUGGUGGACAAUUAAGGGCACAUUCGUUAAGCCACCUACUAGAUAAUUUUUAUCAAGAUUGCAUAGAGAUAUGA